UCAGUAUUGCCUCUGUGAGUGUGUUAGUGUUUCCCUGUGAACAUACUGAGCCGUCUGAACUACAUGAUGACUCGCUGGGCCUUUCUCGUUUCCCUCCUGCUGGGCCUGUUAGCCCACAGCGCCGUCGGUCAAGAGGCCGAGGACCCGACCGCGGCACCUGCGAGCCAGGCCUCCGAUGGCACGGAGGCAGAGGACGAGGACGGUGAUUGGGGAAUGGGCUCUAUCAGAGGAGGCUUUGAGUCAGUCGGUGGCUACUUUGACUCCGUGCUGGAGUUCAUGGGCGGACGUGAUGGAGUGUGCCAGUACCGCUGUCGAUUUGGUAAAGCUCCACUUCCUCGUCCUGGGUAUGAGAUGCCUCAACCUAACGGCUGUAGCGCCUACUUCUUUGGGCUUCCUGUUCCAGAGGGGAUGGACAUGGGCAUCCCCGCCAUGACCAAAUGUUGCAAUCAACUGGAUAUGUGUUACGACACAUGCGCCUCCAACAAGUACCGCUGCGACUCCAAGUUCCGCUGGUGCCUCCACAGCAUCUGCUCUGACCUCAAGAAGAGCCUUGGCUUUGUGUCAAAAGUAGAAGCAUGUGAAACGGUGGCGGACACCUUGUUCAACACAGUGUGGACUCUGGGCUGCAGACCCUUCAUGAACAGCCAGAGGGCAGCAUGCUACUGUCAAGGAGAGGAGAAAGAUGAACUUUAGAUUAAAAACACAAACCCCUUCUCCUAUUUAUUAAGAUAGUAUGAAGUACAGCAGCAUAUCGGAUUACGAUGCUGCAAAAGACUGCUGUGCUGCUGUACUUGGCUAAUUUAUUUGGAAGUCCUCGUUUUAGUUUUGUUAAAGGACGUUUGUUUAAACCACAUUUGGAUGUUAUUUCAACCUGUACUGUUGGUAGAUUUCUUCACCGUGAUGAACAUCCUGUCCUGUAAGAAAAAAUGUCUGUGGUGUGAAGAUUCUCGACAGUCAAUAAAAGAUUCAAAACUC